UAGUCUUUUUACCACCACAACAAAAUCACUGUGAUACGAAUUAGUACUGAUCUUAAUCAAUUUAACAUUUAGUAGUGAAGUUUAGUUUGAGAUAUGGAUUCAAAGAGAUCUUUGUCAGCUGCUUUGUUCAUAUCAGUUAACCUUCUCUUCUUUGCCAUUGUUAGUGGUUGCUACACUUGUCCUAGUCUUCCUAAGCCUAAUCCAAACCCAAACCCUAAACCAAGCCCUACUACUGUCCCGCAGAGCUGCCCCAGAGAUGCACUAAAGCUAGGGGUCUGCGCUAAGGUGCUUAAUGGAGCUGUUGGGACGGUCAUUGGGUCCCCACCAGAUACCCCAUGCUGCUCACUACUUUCAGGGCUUGUCGAUCUUGAAGCUGCUGUUUGCCUUUGCACUGCCAUUAAAGCCAACAUUCUUGGCAUCAACCUUAACAUCCCCAUUUCACUUAGCUUACUCAUCAAUACUUGUGGGAAGAAGCUCCCCUCUGACUUCCAAUGUGCCUAAAGAUUUCUUUAUAUAUAUUUUCUGUUGUGAUGUUGCUGGGACUUUUUUUUUUUUUUUUUUUUUGGUUUCAUGUUUCAUGCUGUGUUUUCUAGUUGUUCUGUAGCAAGUGUUCAAUAAUGUUGAACCAACAAUUUACAACUCUGCAUUGUAAUUGUGGGCUUAGACUGAUUUUCAUUCUGCAGCGGGAAUUAUACUUUACUGUGUA